AUGGCUUCUCGUUUCACCCGUUUGACUACCUCUGUUCCCAAGUUUGCUCGUGGUUACGCUGCUGCCCCUGUCUCUGUCAAGGCCCCCAUCACCCUCUUCGGUCUUGAUGGUCGUUAUGCUACUGCCCUUUACACCGCUGCUGCUCGCCAAAACGCCCUUGAGGCUGUUGAGAAGGACCUCAAGACCCUCUCUCAAGCCGUUGAGAAGGAUGCUGCCCUCAAGAGCUUCUUGGAAAACCCCACUGUUAACCGUGGUACCAAGAUGGAAGGUAUUCUCUCCGCCUUGAAGGUCAACGGUAAGCCCAACCAAAUCACUCAAAACUUCUUCGAAACCCUCGCCGAGAACGGUCGUUUGAACCAAACUACCAAGGUCUCUGAAGCUUUCGCUGAAUUGAUGAGUGCUCACCGUAACGAAUUGCCUCUUGUUGUCACCUCUGCCAAGGCUUUGGAUAAGUCUGCUUUGAACAAGAUUGUUGAUUCCCUUCAAAAAUCCAACCUCGCUGAGGGUAAGAAGCUCCUCGUCUCCAACAAGGUUAAGCCCGAUAUUCUCGGUGGUAUCAUGGUUGAGAUUGGAGAUAAGAGUAUUGAUUUGACUGUCUCAGCUAAGCUCGCCAAGUUGAACAAGUUGAUCACUGAUUCCGUUUAA